AUGAAGCUCGAUGUGACGAUGUUCCGGUACAUCACCAAGGAGGAGUUCAGAGUUCUCACGGCGGUUGAGAUGGGAAUGAGGAACCACGAGCACGUUCCAACUCCUUUGGUCGAGAGCAUCGCGAAGAUCAAUCGCAGCAGCUGCUACAAGAUUCUGCAGAAUCUCCUCCGCAACAAGCUGGUGGGCCACGACGGGCAGAGCUAUGAUGGGUGGCGGUUGACCUACCACGGCUACGACUUCCUGGCCUUGAGGGCGCUGGCGGCUCGCGGCACCCUCACUGCAGUCGGUCGAAGGCUGGGCGUCGGGAAGGAGUCUGAUGUUCACUACGCACAGGGACCCGACGGGGAGCUCGUCGCCCUGAAGCUUCACAGACUUGGUCGAAUCAGUUUCCGAGCCAUCAAGGAGAAGCGCGACUACUUGAGGCAUCGAGUCCAUGCAUCCUGGAUGUACAUGGCGAAGCUUGCCGCGGCCAAGGAGUUCGCCUACAUGAAGGCUCUAAAGGACGAGGGAUUUCCUGUUCCCACUCCUAUCGAUCAAAACCGCCACGCUGUGGUGAUGUCUUUCGUCGAUGCGAAGCCUUUGUUCCAGCUGCGGCAGCUUCAACAUCCAAACCAGGUGUUGGAACGCCUAAUGAGGCUCGUGGUCAGGUUGCUGAGAGCUGGCAUCGUUCACGGCGAUUUCAAUGAGUUCAACCUCAUGCUGGAUGAGGACGAGAAAGUCACGUUGAUUGACUUUCCCCAGAUUGUGAACAACAGCCACCCAAACGCAGAGGAGUUCUUUGACAGAGAUGUCAGAUCUAUCGUGGAGUUCUUCCGGAAGCGGCUCAACAUCGAGGUGCAAGAGUGGCCGACAUUCCAGGAGGCCUUGCAGGAUGACCGAGAAGAGGAAGUCUCUGGGGGCCUGAAGGUCACGGGCUUCAAGGCGGAGGAAGACGCUCUGCUGGUUGCCGCGCACGAGCAAGGCCGAGCUCAUCGCGAAGACGGAGCGGAGGACGAGGAGGACGAAGAGGACGAAGAGGAGGUGGAGGAGCAACCGGGCGAAGUCAAGGAGGCAAUGGCCUUCCAGCCCCCCGCUCGGCCAGCUGUUGAGGAAGGGCUUCAAGACCUCCUUGCUGCCGGAAGCAGAGAGGCUUUGGAAGAGGACUGCAAAAUGGACGAGGUGCUGGCGGCCAGCGAGGCUGCGCAGCAGGCAGAGCCGCAGGCUCCAGGUGAUGAGGCGAAAGGGGAAGAUGAGGAUAGUGAUGGCGAGGAUAGCGAGGAGGAGGCAGCGCCAGGGCAAGUUAGUGUCGACACAGGCGGGCGGCGGGUGCGCAAGCGCCAGACAGCCAAAGAGGCACGAGCUAACUUGCAGAAGCAGCAGAAGAAGAAGCCUGCCAAAGCUAACAACCAGAAGUGCAAGGAGCACCGUCGCGCCAAAGCUGAGAUCAAAGAGUGGCUAAGCUGA